AACUGUGUAAGCAAGUCAAAAAAUGUAAGACUAAAAGAUGUUGGGAAAAAAACCUAAUGAGACACGUGACUUCAGGAAGUUGCUUCUCAGAAUAUUCCUUUCCCUCCGUUAUCUAUGCUCUUCCAUCAGUCUCGUUCCACCGUGCAUCCUAACAGGAACAGAGAGAUCUGCCCUUUCUCUGCCAGGAACAUGUGCGUGUCUUCAUCUCAGUCAUGGAUCACAGAUCAGAUUUAGAAGUUUAAAAAGUAACCUAGGUUGACUUCUUUCUUCAUCGUUACUCGUAAGUUGUUCAGGAAGCGGACCAAGCAUUGUGACGGGAACCCUCACCCAGCUUUGGAGCGCCGACCGAAACACAGCCAGGUCCUGGAGCCAACAUUGCAGGAGACAGAUAUGUUUCGCUGAUUGCAUUUGGUUUGGAGCAGCUGCAUUUGGGAAUCUGUCCUGGAGCAGAGAAAGAAAGAAAGCAGAGAUAGUUAGAAGCCGACAUGGCACAAUUCUUUGGAGAAAUUGAAUUUUGUGACUGAAAUAGUUUAACAUUUAGGAUUAAUUUCAAGCUCAAAUUUUUAGUUUUUUAGCAAAAGAGUGAUAGGUCAGACAGUUCUUUGAAGUUGAAAGGAGAGCUUUUUGCAAAAUCAGCUGCUAAAACGGUACAAAGAUGACUCUAGCAGCUCGUCUCGAAGACCUAGAAGUGACCCUGGAACACAUGCUGUUGGACGUUUUUAUGACAGAGGGAAGGCGGUGUCAGGUCCAUUUACUGGACGACAGGAAACUGGAGCUCCUUGUACAGCCCAAACUGAUGGCAAAGGACUUGCUGGACCUUGUGGCCUCCCACUUCAACCUCAAAGAGAAGGAAUACUUUGGAAUUGCAUAUACAGAUGAAACGGGCCACUUCAGUUGGCUUCAGCUGGACCGACGGGUAUUGGAGCAUGAAUUCCCUAAAAAGUCUGGUCCUAUUGUUCUCUACUUCUGUGUCAGGUUUUACAUUGAAAGUAUUUCCUACCUGAAGGACAAUGCAACAAUCGAGCUGUUCUUUCUUAAUGCAAAGUCCAUCAUAUACAAGGAGCUCAUUGAAGUGGACAGUGAGGUGGUCUUUGAAUUAGCCUCCUACAUCCUUCAAGAAGCAAAAGGGGAUUUUAGCAGCGAUGAUGCAACCAGGUCUGAUUUGAAAAAGCUCCCUGCUCUGCCCACUCAAGCUCUGAAGGAACACCCGUCUCUGGCUUAUUGUGAAGACCGGGUAAUAGAGCAUUUCAAGAAGCUCAGUGGGCAAUCUAGAGGACAGGCUAUUGUAAAUUAUAUGAGCAUUGUGGAAUCUCUGCCCACAUAUGGAGUGCAUUACUAUGCUGUAAAGGACAAACAGGGGAUCCCAUGGUGGCUGGGUUUGAGCUAUAAAGGCAUCUUUCAGUAUGACUACCAGGAUAAAGUCAAACCAAGGAAGGUGUUUCAAUGGCGUCAACUGGAGAACCUUUACUUCAGAGAGAAGAAGUUUUCAGUGGAAGUUCAUGACCCCAGGAGUAGGGCGUCGGUAACCAGAAGGACUUUUGGUCACAGCGGCAUCGCCGUGCAUACCUGGUACGCCUGUCCGGCUCUCAUAAAGUCCAUCUGGGCCAUGGCCAUCAGCCAGCAUCAGUUCUACCUGGACCGCAAGCAAAGCAAGUCAAAGAUCCACGCUGCACGGAGUCUGAGUGAGAUCGCGAUAGAUCUUACAGAGACAGGAACUUUGAAGACAUCCAAAUUGGCCAACAUGGGCAGCAAGGGCAAGAUUAUCAGUGGCAGCAGCGGCAGCCUGCUCUCCUCAGGCUCUCAGGAAUCAGACAGUUCCCAAACUGCUAAGAAGGACAUGCUGGCAGCUCUGAGGGCCAGGCAGGAAGCUCUGGAGGAAACGCUGCGACAGAGACUAGAGGAACUCAAGAGCAUCUGUAUCAGAGAAGCGGAACUGACAGGGAAACUUCCAAAGGAAUAUCCUCUUGAUCCCGGAGAGGAACCACCCACAGUGAGACGGAAGAUUGGCACUGCCUUCAAACUGGACGAGCAAAAAAUCUUACCAAAGGGCGAGGAGGAGGAGCUUGAGCGCUUGGAGCGGGAGUUUGCCAUUCAGUCGCAGAUUACAGAGGCGGCCAGGCGUCUCGCCAGCGAUCCUCACGUGAGCAGCAAAAAGCUGAAGAAGCAGAGGAAAACGUCUUAUCUGAAUGCACUUAAGAAGCUCCAGGAAAUUGAAAACUCCAUCAAUGAGUAUCGGGUCCGCUCUGGCAAGAAGCCGACGCAGAGGGCGUCGCUUAUCAUAGAAGAAGCCAAUAUAUGUUCUGAAGACAGCUCACUAUCUGAUGCACUGGUCUUAGAUGACGAUGAUCCUCAAGUUACAGGUACCCCAACCUUCUCUCCUGUAGCGUCGCCUCAUAAAGGCCUCCCUCCGCGACCUCCCUCUCACAGCCGGCCUCCUCCCCCGCAGUCCCUGGAUGGACUGCGACACAUGCACUACACUCGCUCUGACUAUGAUAAAUCUCCCAUCAAACCCAAGAUGUGGAGCGAAUCGUCACUGGAUGAGCCUUACGAAAAAGUAAAGAAGCGCUCUUCUCACUCCAGUCACAGGCGUUUUCCAAGUUCUGGGAGUGCAGAAGCAGGGGGCAGUAACUCCCUUCAGAGCAGCCCGAUCAGAAGCACACCUCACUGGAACUCUCAGUCCAGCAUGCCGUCGACACCGGACCUGAGAACCAGAACCCCACACUAUGUACAUUCCACCAGGUCAGUGGACAUCAGUCCCACCCGUCUGCACAGUCUCUCUCAGCACUUUAGGAACCGCAGCUCCAGCCUCGAGUCCCAGGGCAAACUGCUGGCGUCCGACCCCGAUGCACAUCCGCACACCCUGGGCAGUCCCGACUUUUUCCUUGGCCCGGGACGAGGCUCCAAUGGCUCCGACCCACUGGAUGACUGUUCAUCCUGCACCAGCCAAAGCAGCUCAGAGCAUUAUUGUCCCUCCGGUGGACCCCCUGGCAGCAACCCCAACUACUCCACUCUGGGAGAGGACUCGCCCUCCAAAGCCAGGCAGAGGCAACGGCAAAGGCACAGGUCUGCUGGUCAGUUGGGUUCCUCGAACUCGGGCUCUAUGCCAAAUCUGGCAGCUAAGAACGGCUCCGUUGGAGGUUCGGGUGGAGGUGGGAUCGGAGGUGGGCAUCAUGGAGUUUACCUCCACAGCCAGAGCCAGCCCUCCUCCCAGUACCGCAUCAAGGAGUACCCUCUGUAUGUGGAGGGCAGCUCCAACGGCGUCGUGGUGCGCAGCUUGGAGAGCGACCAGGAGGGCCACUACAGUGUGAAGGCCCAGUUUAAGACCUCCAGCUCCUACACGGCAGGCGGACUUUACAAGGAGGCCUGGGGCGGGGAGGAGGGCGGGGAGGGAAGCGGCCGUCUCACGCCAUCUCGGUCUCAGAUCGUACGGACUCCAUCGUUAGGGAGAGAGGGUGGUGGAGGAGGGGGGAGGGCAGCGGUGUCUGAGGAGCUGCGCUGUUGGUACCAGAGGUCAUCAGGGAGCCUAAAAGAAAGAAGCCACUCACAUUCAGGAUCCACAUCUUCUGAUACUGGGUCACAGCAAGGCACUCUGGGACAUGGACGGGGGAGCAGAGUUGGAUCACUCGCCAAGGGCUCACCAGCUGCUUCCCCUCACAGCCAGAGGAGCCUGACGCCAUCCAGUGAGCACCCAGCCACGCCCACACCGCCCUGUAGCCCACAGCACAUCAUCAACUGGAAAAGCGGGUCUUUCAGUGACAGCUUUUUUCUCAGCAGCCCCUUGUGUUCAGAGCUGGCAGAUGUGCAGUGGUACGGAAAAGACAAGACCAAACCCGGAACGUUGGUCUGAGACCUUCCCGUAUGGCCUACAAACAACCUGUUCUCUACUUUGUCCCUCACUGCUACCCGUCGACAACCACACACCUCAUCCAGCCCAGACCUGACUCCACGCAAGCCUCUUCUGUCCCUGCCUGAGUUUCACCGCCUGCUUUCAUGGCCUACCUAUCAAGAGCGUGAAAGGACAGAGCACAGAAGAAUAUCAGAAACACAAUAAACCCAACAUCAGCUUGUCCGCAUCCUGUUUCAUAUCACAUCCUGCAUCGCUCCGGUGCACUGCCACUCGGUCAGAAGAUACAUGCUGGAUUUGAGCCACCGGUUUAAAAGGCAUUUAUAGCUGUCAAUGAACUGUAUUUCAUUGCAUUGUACCCGUAGACAUUGUUUCUUUUAUUUCUUUAAUCAUACUUACAAAAGCAGAAGAUUUCAGACAUGUGCAGGUUUAACUUGUAACAUAAUUCCCUGAUGGUGUUAUAACAGAAGAGUAAGUUAGCAAUAUGUGAGUGAACUCUUGGUAACCAUAUUAGAUGGCUUUCCUUGACUGAGAAGGUUAUAGCAAUAAAGAACACUGGACAAGGUUUUUAAUUGGUUUUAAUCAACAGAGUGAAGCUGAAACAGGCCUUUUCCUUAAAGCUUUAGUGUUGGUAGAAUUUGGAGUGGAUCUUUUUUGGAUAUGAUCUUGAUCUGCAGUUCAUUGGACCUGAAGUUUGGUCACAAGAUUAUCAACCGCAGAGCAGGAACAUAGAGGUGCAUCUCAAUAAAUUAGAAUAUUGUGUAAAAUGGGUUUUUCCGUUCAGUAAAUUUCAUUUAAAAAAUUUAAACUCAUCGAUUCGUUACAGACCUGUUAUGGUAUUGUUAGUUUUGAUGGUUAUGGCUCACAGCUAAGGAUGCAAUUCACACCAGCUUUGUUUAAUCCACUUCAUUUGAACUCUAGUUCGUUUGCCUGGAAAGUCCGGUUUGCUUAGGUGUGAAUGUGCAGUUGAAGUCCGACGCGGACCAAAAACACAACCUGUGGUCCACCUACAAACCUAGAUCUCAGUUUGAUUGAAGUGAACUCUGGAGCGGCUCCGCUGUACAUGUGGAUGCAAGCGGACCGGAGUUUGCUCCAAAAGCAGGAAGCAGACUAUCAUGCCGGGCAUUCUGGGUAAAUACAAACAAAAAAAAAUGUCUAGUCUAACGCAAGCGGAAGAACCGGCUCGUGCUCUAUUGCCAAAGACACAAUAUAAAUCCUACAACUGCUAAAAUCUCACACCACCACAUUUUUGUUUAGAUUCCACCAGGAAGGAGAUUGCGCUAAUGUCUUCUUCAGAGGUUUUCAUGUUGUUUCCUUCAUGUUCCUUCAUGCAAGAACAACAUGAAGGUUUUUCAAAGGGUUUGGAUCAUUUGACACUGCAGGGGGGAAGCGAACUGCACAAGCUGGAAAUGAAACAAAUGUUGCAAUUUUAGUCCCCAAUCGAACCGAGUCUACCAGACUGUCAGGGGUGAAAACACCAUAAUGGAAACUUUGGGGUCAAACUAAGAAGGGAUUUUAAAUACAGCACUAUCAGCCAACUAAAAGGUAUGUCUAUUUACUGUACAGUAUCUUCACUCAGUCCUUGGUCAGUUCUCAUGUAGCCAGAUUGCUUAAAUAGGUCUUGGUUGGUGUCUGUCAUCUUCAACCUUGACAAUACUCCUUAGACUUUCUGUGUGGUUUAGAUCCAGAGAGUUUGCUGGUGAAUUAAGUAUCACAUUUACUAAAGCAGGUAUUGGUACUUCUGGCAGGUGCUGAGUCCCACUGGACAAAUGAAAUCAGAAAAACAGGAGGUGCUCUGAAGUUUCCUGGUAGAUGUCUGUGCCGACUUAACUCCAGCAGAAAACAUGGCUCCCAAAAUCAUCACUGACUGUGGAAACUUCACAACAGACCCUGAGUUGGAUUUCACGCUUCUCUACUCUUGCUGAAAUGUAAUAGCUUUUCAAUAAUAAUAUGUUUCAUUGAGAUGCACCUGUAUGCGGUCAGAGCACAGGAUUUAUUGGAGACGUUGUUGUGGCUACAUCCAGUCGCAGACGCGGCAGUGUUUGGUUUUAGUUCUGUUUUUUUUCUGGUUUUCCACCUUUUAAUUUAUCAUCACCUCUCAGUGACGUGUAACUGUUGAAGUCUGUUUGUUCAACCUUAGAGUUUCAUCUUGAAGCUGCUCAGUGACUGUGGUGAGCUGUUUUUUAUGCUGUUGCCUCUAUCUUUUUCCACCAGUUUUAGUUCGAACCGGUUCUGCUGAGUGACCGGCAAUCCCUUUACAGUGCUGUGUUUUCUGCCCAUCCUCUGAGCAAGCUCCACAAAACUGGUGCUCUGCAUUUGUACUGUAACAUAAUGAACCUAUUUCAGACUUAAGACAUACUCCAUCCAGUGUUCACACUCUAAAGCCAUUCCAUUAAGCAGCAGCCAGGAAACAGUCAACCAAUUGAACUUGUUUAUUUAAACAUACUGUUGAUUGAAAGCACAACAUUUACAGUAUAUUUAGGCUGGACCUGCAGUUACUGUGGUCUCUUUGCAAGUGUAACCAUUAACGGUUUGGUCAGAAAAGGCCACACUUUUAAUUG